AAACGUUUCUGUCAGUGUGUGGAGAUGUCCAAAGGUGAAAUGCUGAGAGUCUUGGUGAAGCAGCGAAUAACUGCGGCUGCUGAAGAGAUAUUCGGGCUGUUUGAAAGAACGAUAACAGAGUACGAGGAGGAACUGAGUCGGUCAAAAGAGGAGAACAAGCGACAACAGAAACUACUGGACGCUGUUUACAACCCUCAGCUUCGGCUACACAGAGCAGAUGUCCAGCAGCUGUUGGUACAUAAAGAAGAAAUUCCCUCUGAGCAGCAGGACUGGAGCUCCAGUCUGGACCAGAAGGACCCAGAGCCCCCACAAAUUAAAGAGGAACAACAAAAGGAUCUCUGGAUCAAACAGGAGGGAGAGCAGCUUGCAGAGCUGGAGGAGGCUGAUUUCACCAAGUUCUCCUUCACUCCUGUCCCUGCCCCUGAGCCCUCACAGCUUCAUCAAAUUGAACAAAUGAAAACAGAAGCUGAUGGAGAGGACUGUGGAGGACCAGAACAAGCCGGGAACUUGGAUCCAGAUUCACAUUUACAACCAGAUGCUGAAGACAGGUCUGGAGACUCUUCUGAACCUGAGACUGAUGACAGCGGUGAUUGGAUAGAGAGCAGAGAUUCCCAGUCAGGUUUAAAAUCUUUGAAAACUGUUGACAUUCCUAAUAGAACUGAUGAGAAAGCAUUCAGCUGCUCAAUGUGUGAGAAAAGAUUUGCCAAGAAGACAUAUCUGACGAGACACAUAAGAUGUCAUACUGGAGAGAAACCUUACAGCUGCUCAGUGUGUGGUAAAGGUUUCACUGUACGUGGAAACCGGGAGAUGCACAUGAGAAACCACACAGGAGAGAAACCUUUCAACUGCUCAGUGUGUAGUAAAGGUUUCAAUGGAAGAGGAGACCUGGAGAAACACAUGAGAAUCCACACAGGAGAGAAACCUUUCAGCUGCUCAGUGUGUGGUAAAGUUUUCACUGAAAGAGGAAACCGGGAGAUGCACAUGAGAAACCACACAGGAGAGAAACCUUUCAGCUGCUCAGUGUGUAGUAAAGGUUUCAAUGGAAGAGGAGCCCUGGAGAGACACAUGAGAAUCCACACAGGAGAGAAACCUUUCAGCUGCUCAGUGUGUGGUAAAGGUUUCACUGAAAGAGGAAACCUGGAGAGACACAUGAAAAUCCACACAGGAGAGAAACCUUUCAGCUGCUCAGUGUGUAGUAAAGGUUUCACUGAAAGAGCAAACCUGGAGAGACACAUGAGAAGCCAAACAGGAGAGAAACCCUUCAGCUGCUCAGUGUGUGGUAAAAGUUUUGUGCACAAAUGUAAUCAUAAGAUUCACAUGAAGACUCAUACAGGAUAGAAACCCUUCAGUUGUUCAUUGAACACAUGAAAACACAUGAAAAAUCACACAGAGGAAAUCUACCCAGGUUGGGCGUUCGUUA